GGGUAGGUUGGGUGCAAGGGUUGAGUGGGGGUCUCCUCAGCAUCCAGAGGAAAAAGACAAAAAGCUGACUAUCUGGAGCAGCUAUAUGACGUAGAUGACAAAGAACACGGACAGGGAGAAUGUCGCAGAAGAAGAUCUUCCUGGCCUUCAUGGUCGUUACCAUGGUGACUCUGUUGCUGCACAGUGGCGGCCAUUGGAGCAGGACUAUGCAGGAUCUCCACGCCAUCUGUCCUGCCCUGUCCUCUAAUCGUCCAGCGGGCCUGAACAUGAAGCACACCAACGUGGCGUUCCUAAAAACCCACAAGACGGCCAGCACCACCGUGCAAAACCUUCUGUUCCGCUUCGCAGAGCGCAACAACCUGACGGUGGCGCUGCCCGGCCGAGCAUGCAGUCACCAGUUCUGCUACCCGCGUCUUUUCAGCGCUCACUUUGUGCAUCCCCACACGCUGCCGCCCAACAUCAUCAGCAGCCACAUGCGCUUCAGGAAGGCGGAGCUGCACCGCCUCAUGCCCAAUGACACCAUCUACAUCACCAUACUGAGGGAACCAGCCGCUAUGUUUGAGUCCUUGUUCAGCUACUACAACCAGCACUGUGAGAGCUUUAAGGCCGCCAAUGGCUCUCUAGAGUCCUUUUUGGAGCAGCCUUGGCACUACUACCGCCCUCAGGACAAGCGCUCCAUGUACGCCCGCAACACGUUGACAUUUGACUUGGGUGGCGACAAGGACCGCGCCUCUACAGACGCGGCGUAUGCACAAUUCUUGGUAGAUGAGGUGGAGCGCGUCUUCUCCUUGGUGAUGAUUGCUGAGCACUUUGACGAGUCGCUUGUUCUGCUGCGUCACCUUCUCUCCUGGGACCUCGAAGACAUUGCGUACGUCAAGCUCAACAUGCGCACGGCCAGCUCCAAACAUCGGCUCACUCCGGGCCUCUCGGCUAAAAUCCGGGCAUGGAAUUGGUUAGACGCACGCCUCUAUGACCAUUUCAACUCCUCAUUGUGGCACCGGUUGUCAGUUUUGGGCCCGGCCUGUGUGGCCCGGGAGGUCCGCCUCCUCCGGGUAGCCCAGGAGAGGUUGCUGCAGAGUUGUUUCGGUGGGCGCAGGCCUCUCUUUCGCCCAGCAGCGCAAAUAGAGUACAAGGAGCUGCGGCCCUGGCAGCCCAGUGCCAAAGUGGAGAUAGUGGGCUACGACCUUCCCACCAACCUGAGCCGUGGAUUCUCCAGCUCUGCCUACGAAUCCUGCCUGAAGCUCAUUAUGCCUGAGGUCCAGUACACCAAGGUCUUGCUUCGUUCCCAAUCAAUUCGCUACCGUCAGAGCCACCAACCGUGACUUUCGCUGCAGUCUCGUCACGUCACAGAUGUGCUGAUCACAGUGAAGACCUCUAGAGAACCAAGCCUAGUAGAGGACCCUGCGGGAUGAACAGUGACUAUGCCCACCCAGACCCAUGGGACAACAGUGCUCAGACACAAGCAGGGCAGAUGGGUGCACAAAGUGUUGUGCUCCUUGGAUAGUGUUGAAUAAGGCAGGGGUCUUGGGAAGAGUCUCCCUGAUGCUUUCUGUGCCUCCUCCCAUCUUAUGUUUGGUUUCCAGCUGCCCCUUAUUCUGACUCAUAGAAACAUCAGCUGACAUGUCACAUGGGUCACGUCCAGUGUUAGGAAAAACGGCGUUACAAAAUAAUGACGUUACUGACACUGUUACUUUUACCAGUGACGAGUAAUCUAAUUACGGUAAUUACUUUUAUGUACAUUACAACGCCGUUACAGGUAUCUUUGAUGUAAGGUGGUACACUACUUUUGAUGGGGCUGCAUGUCAACAAGAUAGCCUCAGAAGCACAGCAAGUUAAAUGCAGGAAGUAACUUUUUAUUAAUGAAAGCAACAACCUGCACCACACUAAAAUUAACUUGGUAGUAAAAAGGAGGAGGCAUGCACACACAGCAAACAACAUGUAGGCUAAGUAAACACCCACACACACACAUACAUACACUCCCACAACUGCCACGAGAGAAUAUUGAACAAUGAUUGAAGUGAAAAACUUGCCAUCCGUUUGUGGACAAGGAGAAAACACAGCCAUUGAAGCACAUCCAGUCUCUUUAUUAACUAGCACUAACACAAUCCAGUGAAAUUAUUUAACAUAGCUGCCGGCCAUGCAUGUAAACUACCGCCGCUACGUUAACGAACACAGCUGAGCUAAAAUACUGCUCAGAGCGCGCUGUUGCUGACGUCACACAUCACUUGGCAACAGGUACACAAGCUCACACACUCUGCUCUCAUGAAAUGUCUCUCAACUGCAUAUGCCAGAUAUUUCAAUUUUUUUUUUUUAAGUAACACAUUUAUUAAUUUCUGUAAUAAUUAAUAACAUUAAUUUAAAACAAUUGUUAGUAAUUCAAUUACUUUUUUGGUAAAGUAACAAGAAACUUUAAGUAAUUACUUUUAAAAAGUUUUUUUUUUUAACACUGGUCACAUCCACAUCCAGAUGGUUGAAGAGGAACUGCACUUUUUUUGGGAAUUUUAGCAAUCCUUAUGUUAGACAAGAACCCAUAUGUAUUUUUUUUUGUGCAUUCUAAAUUGGAAAAAGUUGCUAACAAGAGCCAGUUGCCAAUGCAGGUAAUGGGGAUUUUAUCUACACAGCCUUUAAAGCCUUGUAAAACACAUCAAAAUCUCCAACAUUUUAUACUGUAUGCGUGUUGUAAGUAUAUGUGUAAUGUCAUAACAAACACAUUAAUGACAGCAUUCAUUUUUAUUCCGUAUUUUGGCGAUUUUUAGCUUUUUUUUGGCCGCAGUGAUUUUACAGAGUUUGCUACUAACUUUAACAAAAACAACUACCACUAGUCAUGGCAGACUGUGUGAAAGCUAAUGACGACUUCUUUGGGAAAAAUGAUGAUCCAGAACCUUAUACUUUUGAGCCUGAAUAUACAGAGGGUGAGCUAAGAGUUAUAGAAGCUGGGUGCUAAGCAGAUCAUGAUUUAGUAAAACACUAAGCAUCAUUUUUGCAGUAUUGCUAAGUGCUAAACAAGAAAUACAAACUAUGAACAUAAAACACAAAACAACCACUUACUGUACAAUGUCUGCUCUCAGUGGGAUGUCGACUGUUGGGAUAUUUAUCACAAGACGUGUUCCCCGUUUAGAUUAUGAAUUCAUCAUAAUCCUCACUACUCAGGUAAAAAAGAUGGGAGCAAACGAGCAUAUUGCCGUGUCUUCCUAGAGAUGUCUACGGGUCUACGUUGAUUGUAAAAGUUGACCAACUUCACAGCUUUUGGACACAACCUUCUACUAUAUAAGUGCGAGACAUAAUAUAUAUAUUAGCACAAACUAUUACUACGGUAACUCAGACUCGAUGGAGCAGCUCAGUAGGUCAAAAUCUGCAAUAGCUACGUUACCUUCAUUGUCAAUCUGCUGAGUUACUAAAAGUAGUUCCUCGGGGUUAGCAAUAACAUUGUCGAUAAUACUUGGUUAAUAUUCAGGUAUUAUUUAUGUGUUAUUGGGGUGUUUUUGUAAACGGCUUUUUAGGCAGAAUAGACGACUCAUAUUUUCUACAUUGUUAGCUGUCUCGUAGUAGCGUUUUUUUCUGAUUUAGAAUGCACAAAAAAAGAGAAACGCAUAUGUUUUUGUCUCACAUAGGGAUUGUGAGUGAUGAGAAUAAUUCCAAAAAAGCGCAGUUCCCCUUAAAAAGUGGUCAAGUCAGCUGACCAACUCAAACAAAAACAGCUUCACAUAUUGGUGUCCUUUAUAGGGACAGGUACCGAAACUUUGGUCCAUAAUUGUGGACAGUAGAAACUAGACCAAAAAAAAAAAGAAGUAGGUAUCAGUGCUAUAUGAAUGCAGAGUCAGACACCUGACAAUGAUAUUGUGCAAGUAACAUCUUGUAAGUUGGCACACAUAUUUAACAUAUUUACUUUUAAACUUUAAUGCCGACCGUAACCUAACAACAGCGGCCCUAAGAGCACAAUACAGCACUUCAUCAUUAUGCACAAAUGAUGGUCACGGCGAGCAAGGUGCAUUCUCAAACUUCGAAAAUGUGAGCAUCAACAAUACAACACCAGCAAGUUGUUUCUUUUGUACUUUCUGUUCUAUAUUGUUGCUGGUUUUGUUGCAAUAGUUAUAAUAAUUCAAUGUAAUACUUAGUGUACUAUUCUGUUCAACCUGAAUGGCACAAAAUUCUGUAAGAACAUAAAAUGUAUUGUUUUUUAAAAGGGAUGUUUUUCAUGUUUUGAUUCUAACUUGAGCACUGUUUAAGCACCGACACCGUUGUAAAAGUACAGAUUCUGUAGUAGUAUCAGUUAAAAUGUAAACGAUACCCAUAUCUCACUCAGUAGUAAAAUUGGACUUCAGGAGGAAGCGAUGGGACACAGAACAGACGUUUAAGUGUGCUUCCAUUGUGUUACCAUGACAACCAGUGUGAAGAGUUUGUAAUAUUUUGUAUUUGUGCAGAGGUACUAACUUUAUUCCCUGGAGGCCAUUCAGUAUACAUACUUGACAAAAAUAUGACCACUUCACUUCUGAGUUUGUGUGUAUGUGUCCCACAUCUCUGAGAGGGGCGGGGCCUCAAACACAAUCAGCGCUGACAUCAAAUGCAAAUAAAAUAAACAUCUC